AUGGCGAGAAGCAAGACGCCAAAACCAAUCCAGACGUGGGAGGAAGUCGACUCACAGGAUGAAGUCGAAGCACCACGCCUUCAAGGCGCUGCUCGCGGACUGAACAGCAAGAACGUGAUCAACUCCAGCGCGACACUAUCGGUCGCAUCCACGAACCCCUCGACGGCGGCUUCUAGUGGCAAGCACGUCACUCGCACUGCCCGCAAUGCCAGACCAGUAAAUUACGACAUGAAGCCCAAUUCUGCUGCUGUCCGCAGACGCUCCAAGUCCAUUUCUCUUCCGAGCCAGCAUUCUGGAGAUGAAAGCGACCUAUCGUCUUUGACCCUGUCUGAGUCAUCCGAGKACGAGCAAGAGGACGAGGACGAGAUAACUUCUGACUCUCCCGUUCAUCAGAUCGCAAAGCAAUGCCCCAAUUUGGAGAGAAAGCCAGACCCUCGUGCCUCGCGUCGCUCUUCCAGACCAGAAGCCAAGAAGCCAGUGAACUAUAGCCGGAAGCAUCAUCCACAGGAUUACGGAUUGCCUGGACGUCGCCACAGCGCCRUCUUGCCGCCGCCUUCUGUGGUUCGGAAAAACAAGCCAACGCCAUCCCAGGCCCAGAUCCUGACCCAGCGCAAGCGCAGAACCGAAGUCAGCGAACUGACAAUUCCCGAUUCUGACGAAGACGAUGCAGACGCGGUUGAAAGCAUUCCUGCCCGACUAUCCGAUGUCGAAGAUGUUGAUUUUGAUGGUAGACCAGCAAAGAGACGGCGUCGCAGCGACAUUCGUUCCCAGCGUGUGGUCGUCAACUUGACAUGUAGCAGCAUCACAGACAUGGAUUCGGAUAUGGACGUGGCAACCCAGCUAGCAGACUCUGUCAUUGCUGCGCAUGAUACCCCUGUGGGUAUCAGCUCGCAAGAAUCAAUCGGGCUGCUGGCGACAAGCAGCAGCACGCUCGAUGGAACUGUCUCCCCAAACAAGGUUGCCCCGGCAGCCUUCGUGUUUGCUAUCGUGAGGCCAUACAUUGCUCUCCCAAAUGAGAGCCAUCAAUACACAACGGAAGCCAGUCAAGCGCAGACUCCGAGUGUGGCGCCGAGCGAUUCGUCAGACCGCCGACACGAACAGUCCCAAACCAUGAGCGCGCAAUGCGGCGCCGAAAUGAACUCUCGCAUGACGCGGCAGGAUGAUUCUCAGACCGCUGGCUCGCACAGCAGUGUUGAGACAUGUUCUCGGAYGGUGAGCGAGCAACGUGACACCGAAGCGAACACGUCGCGAUUGGAUGAUUCCCUGGACAUGAGCUCACGUGUCGAUGCCGAGACAUGCUCUCGGACGAUGAGUGAGCAAUGCUAUCCAGACGCCAGUGACGAAACGAUGGAUGAUUUCCGAGGUUUCAAAGUCAAUCACUUGGCUACGCGUAUGAGUCGCAGUGCUGGAGUGGAGUCUUCGCCCACCAGUAAGCAAUGCGCUAUUGAGAAAUACUCUGAGCCGACGAAUGAAGAGCACACUGUCCAGGUGAACUCCGAGCAGCGCGAGCCCGCGGCGACGCCACCGUCGUUCCAUUUCGACGAGGCAAUUGCUAUCACCGAGCAAGCGAUUUCUGGAGACGUCAGUCACAAGCAUAACGGCGACGAUACCACUAAGACUGCGUAUCAUGUCGAAGAGGUGCCUUUGGGUAUGCAGCCCGCUGGAGCUAUCGCGUCUUCACUCUCGGGAUCUCCGGAUCCAAUUGACCUGCUUCCAAAGUUCAGCAGUUAUCGAGCGACCGACAGUCUUCCCUCGACUGCAGAGCCAGAGUCGGACCGUACCGACAGUGAUGCGAUCGAAGAUACUCUGUCUUCCAUCGUAGACGAUCUGUCUUCCAUCGUAGACGAGCACACCGAAAGCGAUACAUUAGACAAUCCUCCAUCCGCAGCGUCGCUAGAACUUUGA